UAGCUUCCCGGGGGAACAGUGGGAAUUUUUGACAGAUGUAAAACGCCGAUUCACACUGGCACCAUUCACCGUCCGCCAAAAACAGCUGAUGACAAUAACAAUAACAAAGUUUUAGCAUGGCCAAUUUGUUUGGUUGUACAAAUUUCACAAUCUUUUGGCUGUGGUUCAACAGCAAGAUAUUUAUUCAACAAAUGUUUAUUCGGAUAUCGAUAACUAAGUCGUGGCAGUGUAAAUAAUAGCAAUGACGCAGGUACGACGAUCUUUUCGGUCCGGUAAUUUUCCAACAACAAACACACAGUCUUGAGCGACGCACAACGUCAAUCGAGAUCCUUCUAGGGCGCAAGAUUGCAAAAACAACAUGAUUUAUACCAUGAAGCAUCGAACGAAAAUUAUUAAAUUAAUAAUACAUCCUGUUUUUUUAUAUAAUUUAAACAAGUUUGCAAUGUUUUCUCAACAAGACCCUAAAGCUUUUUGGGUUUUUCUGUACUUGUCUAAUGAUACAAUUAGUUUAAAGUGUUUGUUUUAAGAAUUAUAUGUACAUAUGUAUGUAUGUAUAUUUUUACCUUUUCCCAGAGCCAUAAUUUUAAGGCGUCUAAAUUGGAAUUUGUAUAUGGUUUUUUGUUGUUGUUAUUUGUGAUGAUAGUUGCGCUGAUAGGCAGAAAAGUGCAAAAAGAAUCGAAUAUUUGGAAAACACGUACCAGCUUUCGACAAGGUCGUCCCGUCACUUUUCGCCUCCACUAGGUCCCUAUUUGUAUCCUAUGUAAAAAAACUGCGUAUUCGGCUAGACGCAAAGACGCCUGCCGCAGCCGUAGUAUAAGCUGUAAUGUAAGGGCACUUGUACGUAAAAGUUCUUUAGUAAAUGGCGUUUCCGGAAACCGUACAAAAAACUGAAACAUCAUCGAAUCCACCUAAUGGAAUGGAAAACAGUCAGACAUCUCAAAGGUCAAAUCAUGUUAGCUCGGUUCUGCUUUAUGGAAUACCAAUUGUGUCUUUGUACAUUGAGGGUCAAGAGCGACUCUGCUUGGCGCAAAUCUCAAAUACUCUUCUAAAACAGUUCAGCUACAAUGAAAUACAUAAUAGACGUGUGGCGCUUGGCAUUACCUGCGUCCAAUGUACACCAGUACAGUUGGAGAUUCUGAGAAGAGCAGGUGCCAUGCCGGUAAGUUCACGGCGAUGCGGAAUGAUAACUAGAAGAGAAGCUGAGCGUCUUUGUAAGAGUUUCUUGGGCGACAACUCACCACCUCGAUUGCCUGACGACUUUGCAUUUAAUGUGCAGCAUAAAUGUGCAUGGGGAUGUCGUGGGUCAUUCUUACCAUCUCGGUAUAACUCAUCACGAGCCAAAUGCAUCAAAUGUGCAUUCUGUGGAAUGUUCUUCUCGCCGAAUAAAUUCAUUUUUCAUUCACAUCGCAUCACAACAAACGACAGGUACGUUCAGCCCGAUGCUGCCAACUUUAAUUCCUGGCGACGGCAUAUGACGCUAAGUGGAAACGCCCACGACGAAAAAAUUAUCUAUGCAUGGGAAGAUGUCAAGGCAAUGUUUAAUGGUGGCACCAGGAAAAGACUCGUUAGUAGCAAUAGUAAUGUUAAUCGCAAUCGAAAUCAAAGCUCACCAACGUCAUCGUCAGCUACUACAAUAAUAGGUGGAAGUACUUGUAGCUCACCAACUGACUGUGAGAUACUAGAUACUAAAAACAUAGCAUGCAAGGAGGCCCCAUUAUCAAAGCGAUCCGUUGAUCACCAAUAUAAUUACAGUACCGUGGCUGCAGCCGCCGCUGUGGUCGGGGUUACGGCUGUAGCUGCUGCUACGGUUGGAGUACCUUUCAAUUUACAUCACUCUUCGGUCCUUUCACCCCUUCACUCGCUUCGCAACGACCACGACCUUGCGAUAAUGCCCCUUUCAAGAAAUUUUGUUGUGGACUAUAUGUGGCAGCAACAGGACGGAAAUCAUCAGCAGCAGCAAUCGAAAAAUUCGAAAAUCUGCGGCGCCGAGCCUUGUGAAUCGGCUCUUGACUUCGAAUCAUGCCCAAUGCCAUGGGCUAGGGCAGAAACGAAUAUGCCAUCAACGACAUCUAAUGCCGUUCGCUUGGGGGAGCGGGAGCGUCAUCAAUUUAAUAUGAGAAACGAAACUUCGUCUACUUCUAUGUGUGGCAUUAUCAAAAAUCGAAAGCUGUCUGAUGUCGGCAGCAGUGGUCUAACGUUUUCUGAUUAUAACAUUCCAUCGAUAUUAAGCUGCUCUGCAUUUAAACCAGUUGUCGCUUCAGCAGCAAUUGUAUCUACUUCAUUAUACACUAGGUCUAGUGACUCGAAUAGCAACGUUUACAUUACCCCAACUCAAACGGCCCGAACAACAACAGUUCUAACGCAUAACAGUAUUACAACUGCCUCGCACCGCUUACCAACAGGAGACAGUUUUUCGCCAAUAUUAGACACUAUCCAAUCCAAUAUUGAAAGUGAGAGAAUCAAUUUUUCGACUUCAUUAUCCAUUCACAACAAAAACAGCUCGGAUAAAUCAAUUUCAUCAGAAUCGGCUUACGGAAGAGGAAGACAUUUAUAUGAUAAUGAUGACGACGACGAUGAGGUUGUGGAUAUCGAAACAACGGAAGACGAAGUUCUUAAUGAGCAUUUCGCAGAGUGUCCACAUUCAGCAGCUGAUAUAUCAUCUGAAAGUGAAAGUUCAAGUCAUUCUCAGACACCAAGUACAAAUAUUGAUGUAGAUGCUGAUGCUGAUGUGGAUGUGGAUGGUAUUACAACGGAUGCCGAGGAUCAACUUGAGUUGAAAUCAAAUGUUUGCUUGCUGGAUAAUACUAACCGCUCCAUAUCAAACUCAAAUGGAAAAGUAAAAGUGGCUGGGACUUCCUUGAAUGCGGAACCCGCAAUUUGCGAGGAAGGCUAUAAAUGUAAUGAGGAGACGAAAGGGUUCAAUGGUCAUUUAAGAAUUUUCACUCGAGGAAAGAGUUUUAAGCACCAACCGGAACGAAAUAGUUCAAAAAAGGCAACAACUACAUUUUCGAAAAAGAAAUUUUACUCGAAAUCUGUGGCCAUUAAAUCUGCUCAAUCACAAGUACAGCACAGAGUUGCCUUUCCAGUAUUCUUUAAGUCGCAAGUAAACCCGUUUAAUGAGCAUCAUCCACGACCAACGACACUGAGCCCUAACUCUCUUUCGGACUCAUCUAACGCAUGGAGCUAUCCACUUGGUAAUAUUCGGCAGCUAUAUUGUUAUGAAAGUAGCCCAACAGCCAAUAAAAAUUGUGUUGAUUUUAAGUAAGCCUAACAAAAUA